CCGGUAAAACUCCGCCCAUUUCACGUAUCAACCACGUCAUUGGCCAAUCUAAUAAACUUUCUGAAACUUCAUUGGCUGUGUGAGCUGGCCAUCAGAAAGAGGCGGGGUAUACAGUCAGAGUUAAUAUAUUCCGAGCAGCCGAGCAGUCGUGGCGGAGAGAAGCGGCUGAGUAGCUGAUGUGGGUUGCGAGUUGAACUUGGAGGUUCCUGGAGAGGCUGAGAGCAGAUUUCCCCGGUUUUCCUGGUGAUGGAGGACAGCAUGGAGCAGAUGAGACCGCUCCUCACAUCUGGCAACGAUGAGGAGGCCGUGUUGGACCAGGGCAAGACCAGCUCCACCCUUCACACCAACUUUGAGAAGGAGGAACUGGAGAGCCACAGAGCCGUGUACGUCGGCGUCCACGUCCCUCUGGGCCGCCAGAGCCGGAGGCGGCACCGUCACAGAGGACACAGACAUCACCGGAGACGCCGGGACCGGGAGGACGGGCGAGAAUCUCCGACGUACGACACACCGUCUCAGAGGGUCCAGUUCCUCCUCGGCACAGAGGACGACGAUGAGGAGCACAUUCCUCACGACCUGUUCACCGAGCUGGACGAGCUCGCCUUCAGAGACGGAGAAGUCCAGGUGUGGAAGGAGACGGCCAGGUGGCUGAAGUUUGAAGAGGACGUGGAGGAUGGCGGCGAGCGUUGGAGUAAACCCUACGUGGCAACGCUCUCCCUGCACAGCUUGUUCGAGCUGCGCUCCUGCAUCCUGAACGGCACUGUGCUGCUCGACAUGAGAGCCAACUACAUCGAGGAGAUCGCAGACAUGGUGAUCGACAGCAUGCUGGCUUCUGGUCAGCUGGAGGAGGAGCUGCAGGAGAAGGUGAGAGCAGCCAUUCUGAAGCGUCACCACCAUCAGAACGAGAAGAAGCUGAGCAAUCGCAUCCCACUGGUUCGCUCCUUCGCUGACAUAGGCAAGAAACACUCCGACUCCCACUUACUGGAACGUAACGGGCUGCUGGCGUCGCCUCAGUCUGCUCCAGGAAACCUCGACAACAAAAUCUGCGAGGGCCGAAUCAACGGAGGCAGCAGGGAGAACAGCACGUUGGACUUUAACAGGGUGGACAUGAACUUCAUGAAGAAGAUCCCACCUGGAGCCGAAGCCUCUAACGUUCUAGUGGGAGAAGUGGACUUCCUGGAACAUCCGAUAAUUGCCUUUGUCCGCCUCUCCCCGGCCGUGCUGCUGACGGGACUCACUGAGGUCCCCGUACCCACCAGGUUUCUGUUCCUUCUGCUCGGUCCGUUUGGAAAAGGCCUGCAGUACCAUGAGAUCGGACGCUCCAUCGCCACGCUGAUGACUGACGAGAUCUUCCACGAUGUGGCCUACAAGGCAAAGGACCGGAACGACCUGCUGUCUGGCAUCGACGAGUUCCUGGAUCAGGUCACCGUGCUGCCUCCAGGUGAAUGGGAUCCCAGCAUCCGCAUCGAGCCUCCGAAGAACGUCCCAUCUCAGGAGAAGAGGAAGAUGCCAGUGCUGCCGAAUGGCUCCGCCCACUGCUCAGAAGCAGCGAAGGAGAUGGAGCAUCACACGGGUCCGGAGCUGCAGAGGACGGGCAGGAUCUUUGGAGGCUUGGUGAAGGACGUCCGGAGAAAAGCUCCGUUCUACUGGAGCGACAUCAAAGACGCGCUGAGUCUGCAAUGUUUGGCCUCCAUCCUCUUCCUGUACUGUGCCUGCAUGUCACCUGUCAUCACCUUCGGAGGUCUGCUGGGAGAAGCUACCAAAGGAAACAUAAGUGCCAUCGAGUCUCUGUUUGGGGCGUCCAUGACGGGCGUGGCCUUCUCCCUGUUCUCCGGUCAGCCUCUCACCAUCCUGGGCAGCACGGGUCCAGUUCUGGUGUUCGAGAAGAUCCUCUUCAAGUUCUGCUGUGACUACCAGCUGUCCUACCUGUCCCUGAGGACCAGCAUUGGGCUGUGGACCGCCUUCCUCUGCAUCCUUCUGGUCGCCACCGACGCCAGCUCUCUGGUGUGCUACAUCACCCGCUUCACCGAGGAGGCCUUCGCCUCCCUCAUCUGCGUCAUCUUCAUCUACGAGGCACUGGCCAAGCUGGUCCACCUGGGGGAGCUGUACCCCAUCAACAUGCACGACGAGCUGGAGAACCUCACCUUCUACACGUGUCGGUGUUCUCCUCCUGCCAACACCUCAGCUGAGGUCGAGCAGAUCUGGAGCAGCAGGAACCUGACGUCGCCAAACAUCGAGUGGGAGCAGCUGAGCGUAAAGGAAUGUCGGGAGUUUGAAGGAAACUUUAUCGGCUCGGGAUGCAGCCUCGAUGGACCCUACGUCCCGGAUGUCCUCUUCUGGUCCGUCAUCCUCUUCUUCACCACCUUCUUCCUCUCCUCCUUCCUUAAACAGUUCAAGACCAAGAGAUACUUCCCCACCAAGGUGAGGUCGUCCAUCAGUGACUUUGCUGUUUUCCUGACCAUCAUGAUCAUGGUGCUGCUGGACUAUCUGGUGGGAGUUCCUUCUCCUAAACUGCACGUUCCAGACCGCUUCCAGCCCACCUCCAGCACUCGGGGUUGGCUGAUAUCUCCGAUGGGCCCGAACCCCUGGUGGACCCUGCUGGCUGCUGCCAUCCCUGCUUUGCUCUGCACCAUCCUGAUCUUCAUGGACCAGCAGAUCACUGCCAUCAUCAUCAACAGAAAGGAGAACAAGCUGAAGAAAGGUUGUGGGUACCACCUGGACCUGCUGGUUGUGGCCGUUAUGCUGGGCGUGUGCUCCAUCAUGGGCCUGCCCUGGUUCGUGGCGGCCACCGUGCUCUCCAUCUCCCACGUUAACAGUCUGAAGUUGGAGUCGGGCUGCUCUGCACCCGGCGAGCAGCCAAAGUUCCUGGGAAUCAGGGAGCAGAGGGUCACGAGCUUCAUGAUCUUCGUCCUGAUGGGCUGCUCCGUCUUCAUGACGUCUGUGCUGAAGUUUAUCCCGAUGCCUGUCCUCUACGGAGUCUUCCUCUACAUGGGCGUGUCCUCGCUCAAAGGCAUCCAGCUGUUUGACCGCAUCAAACUGUUUGGCAUGCCCGCCAAACACCAGCCGGACCUGAUCUACCUGCGCUACGUCCCGCUGUGGAAGGUCCACGUCUUCACCCUGGUCCAGCUGUCCUGCCUCAUCAUCCUCUGGGCCAUCAAGGUGUCGCCCGCCGCCGUCAUCUUCCCUAUGAUGGUCCUGGCUCUGGUCUUCAUCCGGAAGCUUUUGGAUUUCUGCUUCACCAAGAGAGAGCUGAGCUGGCUGGACGACCUGAUCCCAGAGAGCAAGAAGAAGAAGGACGACGACCAGAAGAAGGAGGAGGAGGACGCUCAGCAGAUGGAGGAAACUGAAGAUGAAGCACCUUACGAGCCGGAAAACAUCCUGAAGUUCCCGAUCAAGUCCCUGAAAGGGCGUUCCGACCCGUCCGAGGUGAACAUCUCUGAUGAAAUGGCCAAAAGCGGAAUCUGGAAGUCCGUUUCCAAGAACUCUGAAGGAAGCAAAUUUCUGAAGCGCUGCAAAAGUCAGGACAAACUUCCAAGCGUCCAGAUCAGCGUGGAGAACGAGGAGAGACGGAGAUUUGUGGACGCUGAGACGGCGUUAUAAUUCAUCUGCUAGGACAUGGUGGGCGGAGCCUGAACGAGGUGAAGGAUCACAGGAGGACCAAUCAGCUUCCACUUCGUUGUGCUGCACUUCUCUGAGAUGGCUGUUUUAUUUCCUCAUCGUUUUAUGGUGAAACACACAGACUCCUCAGGUUACGUUUUUACUCCCAUGGUCCGCCACCACUGCUGCUUUCUGAUUGGCCGACCACUGGACUCACAGGACAAAUAUUUAAUUUAGUCCUUCAACGCGCUCAGUUCCUGAUUCUGCCACAGAUCCGAUGCAGGACUGACAUCUUAUUUAAUCCAUCGUGCUGAUUACAGUUGUGUGUGUGGGUGGUCACCGUGUUGCCUGCAGGUUAAACCUCAGCAGAUGUUUUGUAGUUUCUUUGUAAAUUUUUAAUAAAUCAGUUUGGAGGCAA